UCCCAGUUUCCCCAGCCCUGAGCAAUCACACGACAAGGCCUUCUAUUUUUGCACCACGCUGGCAUCGCUUCCUUGUCCUCACUAACUAAUUCCGCGGCGGUGCUUAUAUCUGACAUUGCAUCCUGACGCUCAAUUCCUGCAAUGGCAACCAAUCUGUUUUAUAUCAGCGGGGCAUGUCGGUUCAGGCAACGGUAUUUACACUGGUUGGCUUUUAAACUCCACAAAGAGAGAAUGAGAUAGAAGAGAGUCACAAGGGAAUACCAUCCCAACUCCAAACAACCAUGGCGAAAAAAGUCUCCUGGCACGACCAAGUCCUCCCCUCAAUCAACUCCCUCAAAUCGGAAAUCCGCACUCUCCAGAUCAAGCCCGGCCCCCCAGACUCUCCCCUACGCUGCAAAUUCCACGUAGCAACUCUCGACGACCUCGACUUCCCCUAUGAAGCCCUCUCUUACGCCUGGGGAAACGACAGUACCAAUACCUAUGAAGACAUCUUCUUCGGAGACAACAAUGUCGGAGUCACGCCUUCACUAGCCGAUGCCCUGCGGCGACUGCGGCUCCCCGAUCAACCAAGACACGUCUGGGCCGAUGCUUUGUGCAUCAACCAGACGGACAAUCUCGAAAAGUCGCUGCAAGUCUCCAUGAUGGGCCGCAUCUACAACAAGUGCAAGCAAGGCGCCAUCUGGCUCGGCUCCCUAGGCGACAUCACUCAGACCGACGCCCAAGCAGCCCUCGACACCCUCUCCUGGAUCGCAGGCGACCAAGACCCUCCCCCCUGGCUAGACGACGAACAGAAAAGAAUCACCGCUGCAUCUGCCUUGAAGACCGUCCUCAACGUAUCCUGGUGGAGCCGCAUCUGGACCGUCCAGGAAGCAAUCCUCCCCCCAACGGCCACCAUCUACUGGGGCCCCUGCGAAAUCUCCUGGGCCGUCCUCGACAAAGCCUCAACAAGCUUCUUCAACGACACGGCUCCGGCAAUCCACCAUGAAUUCUGGGACAACGGCUGCCUGCUCAACCUCCAGGCCUCCCUCCGCGGCCUCAGCGCCUCCCGCGAAGAAGAACUCUUCCAGCUUCUCUGGCGCUGGCGCUUCCGCUCCGCAACAGACCCCCGCGAUAAAGUCUACGGCGUCCUAGGUUUCCGCCAAGAUGUCUCUCUCCCCUCGGUCAAAAUGUGCAACUACGAAGUCGACGUGCGCACGCUCUACCACACCGAACCGAUAUCCCAGGCCUCGCAUCAUCGCGGCAUGUUCGGUGUCGGCGAGGGCCUCAGAGUCGAGGACAACAACACUGCACUCCGCAUCUGCGGCCUGAAGCUCAGCCGUGUCGCUUUGGUAGAAGAGAUUGAAGCUGGCGAGGACAUAGCCGGCGAGGGCUCAGUCGCUUCCAUCUUUCGCUCAUACGGUAACCGAUGGGGUAAACUUUUGUCAAGAUAUCACGAGCAGUUCCCAGACAAGCUCUCUAAUGGCGGGUUGACGGCAUUCCUGGGCCUCAUCACAGGCAGCCUAUCUCCAGAUGGAUCCGACGACGAGGACAACCCCAACGAAUGGGUAAAUAAAAUGGUUCGGUCACAGGCCAUCUUCAUCACUGAGGAUGGACAUAUUGGGCUUGGCCCCCAAAAUGUUGAGUCCGGUCAGGAACUCUGGAUUAUUGGUGGAUGCAGGGUGCCUGUCAUCUUGAAUGCUCUACCAAAAGCGUCUGAUGAAGAGUCAGACCCGAGCUUGACCUUUCACAGCGAGUGUUUUGUGUAUGGUGUCAUGAAGGGAGAGGCUGUAGAGGGCCGAGAAGAAGAAGUGAUAGAAAUCUUGCUUCGCUGAAACUGCAUAUUGGAUUAGCG